AUGAGCGGCCAAAAACCUGCGAAGCAUGAGGCUUCUUCAGGUCUGACAGAAAUCAGUCCUGAUCCAGCUCUCGAGGAUGCCAAGUCUGAGGAUUCUGUUUCUGGCUCAAUCGUUGAAGAUGCAGACUACCGGCCCAUUGUCCCUAUGACUUGGAGACUUGGCUCCGUCCUACUCAUCUGUCUUAUCAGCUUUGGCGCUUCUUGGUCUGCUCGUUUGACAUCCUCACUCAAAAGCACCAUCAAGAAGGAACUGGACAUCAACAACACCCAAUUCGCUCUACUUGAAGCUAGUGAAGAGUUCUUGGUCACGCUGUUGAUGAUGGCAUCUGGCAUUCUAACAGACCGCAUUGGUGGUGCUGGUGCUAUGCUCUACGGAAACUUGAUCAUGACUGCCGGCGCUCUCGUUAUUGCAGGCGCAGCGACAUGCAGGUCAUUUCCCCUCAUGAUCUUUGGCAAAGUCACCGCAGCAUUGGGAGACAUUGCCACUCAAAUCGCGUACUACAGAGUAUUCGCAGGAUGGUUUGCACCUGGUGGCGGCUUUGGUACUACUAUUGGUCUGCAGAUCGGUAUCGCUCGGAUCGGUGGCUUUGUCGGAAGUUCAACAGCCAAUGUCAUUUCAAAGAACACCGGAAACUUUGCUUGGGUCUUUUGGAUCGGCGCAUGCGUUGCGUUCUUCACAAACCUGUGCACACUUUUCUUCUUUUUCUUUACAAAGGUUGCACAUAAGCGCUUCCGCCCGCCUCCUGAUCCAGCGACCGGCGAAUCGUUGGUGGAGAAGAAUAAGAAGUUCGAUAUAAACAAAAUUAUCCAAUUGCCUUGGGUCUUCUGGACGAUUAUGCUCUUCUCGAUGGUGCAGACUAGCUGUUCCAACAUCUAUUCUCAAAACGCCACUGAGCUUGCUGAACAUCGCUUCGGAGUAGAUGCUGUCGCCGCUGGUUGGUAUGCCUCUUUGUCGCAGUAUGCAGGGUUUUUCCUCAGUCCAUUGAUCGGAGCUGUGAUCGACACUUAUGGUCAUCGUGUAACACAGAUGGCUAUUUGCGGCACUGGCAUGCUACUAUCGAUGGGACUUAUUAACUGGGGCACUACAAUCAGCAGUGCAGCUGCUUCAUAUGCAUUCUAUGCCAUCUUCAAGACGUUCGGCCCUGUUACAAUUAUCGAGGGCAUCCGAACUAGUAUGUGGCAUCAAGAUGUUUUUGGUACUGCUUAUGCUGCCAAAGUGACCAUGAACAACGCGACUAAUAUCAUCAUUCGUAUCAUCACCGGCGUCAUCCAAGAUACCGACGGUGAUUCUUAUGACAGGGUGACCAUUGUCUAUGUCUUCCUCGCUACCGCCUCUACCGUUAUAUCUUUAGCAAUGCUGAUCGGCACCUUCUGGGCUCCCGAUCUUCAAAUUCUGCAAUACUCUCGAAAACAGCGAAUCUUGCGCGGGGAUUUGAUUAACGACCGAAAAGAAAAGAGCCAGGGACCCACUGGUAAGAAGGCUAGGAUGAUUAGCAAGGUCUGCUUCGUUGCGCUGUUCGUGUAUGUGCUGGGAAGCUGGGCAGCUUGGAUCUGGGGCGCUGCGACGGGGAACAAUUAG